AUUUCGAGCUCUUUUUAUGGGAUAAGAUACCUUGGGAAUGAAAGGAAUGCCGUUUGAUUAGACUUGUGUGGAGCAAAUGGACCAAUAUUUUUGUUCCUUGAUGCAUGAUUUGGAUUGACAGGACAUGCAGUGCAGAUAAAUACUAGGGCAUUAGCUGCAGAAAGCCAGGAUGCAACUGUCGAGCAACAGUAUCGAAAUUAGCGCGCACUUGCUACACGCAUGAUGCCAUGAUCCCUGAACAUAAUAAGUAGUAACAACACUGCCUUGUGCCCUACCUUUGUCUCUUCCAUAUAUAGGACAAACCUGAUGGUAGCAACUUCAAUUCAUAUAGCAGGAGCUGUGUACUUGUGUUGAGCUGCUUUCCUUCUGACAGAAGUGGAGAGCAUAUAUGACUGAUUGUGAUGUGAGUUCAUGCCACUGAGCCCCAUCCUAGCAACAAACAGAUAUCUCAGAUUGUCAGCCCUACAGCCAGGAUCCCUCUCUGACAGCCUUCUAACCGUGCGCAAUGGAGCAAUGCGCCGACCACAGUGGGCAGCUCCCGAGGCUGGAGGGCAUCGAGGAAGAAGGCGGCCCAGCCGAGAAGUGGGCUCCGACGACGGUCCGGCCACCGGAGACACCGACAGAGACGAUGGAGUUCCUGGCAAGGUCCUGGAGCCUCUCGGCAGCAGAGAUCUCCAAGGCCCUCAGGGUGCUCAGCUGCGGCAAGGCCGCCUCCGAUUCUCCUCCCGCCGUCGCCACGUCCACGACGGAGCAGUGGCCAGCGCCGCCGCCGCCACUUGGCAGUGAUCACCACCAGCACCAGUACCAGCAGAGGGCAGACGCGGCAAUGGCGGCAGGUGUUGAAGCCGGCGGAGGGAUGAGCCCGCCCAUCUCUCCCAGGGCGGACGUGAAGCUGCUCCGUGCCGCGGGGCGAGGGAAGACGGUGGGCGCGUGGAUCAAGGAGCAGAGGGAGAAGAAGCGCGCCGAGGCCCGGUCCCGCAACGCGCAGGCGUACGCGGCGACGUCCGUGGCGGGCGUCGCGGCGGCGGUGGCGGCGCUGGUGGCCGGCGCGGUGUUCUCCUCGUCGGCUGCGGCGGCGCCGGAGCAGCGGCCGGCCAAGGGCAGCGGAAGCGGCGGGGCCAAGACCGCGGCGGCCGUGGCGUCGGCGGCGGCGCUGGUGGCGUCGCACUGCGUGGAGAUGGCGCAGGCGAUCGGCGCUAGCCACGACCAGAUACUGGCGGCCAUCCACUCGGCCGUGAACGCGCAGACCAGCGGCGACGUCAUGGCGCUCACCGCCGGCGCGGCCACGGCUCUGCGCGGCGCCGCGAUGCUGAGGGCGAGGCUCCACAAGGAGAUCCAGGCGACGGCGUUGCCUGGCGACGGCAGGGAGCCGGAGAGGGACAUCUCGCCGCUGGUCUUCGUGUCCCGGGGCGGCGAGCUUCUGAAGCGCACCAGGCAGGGCGCCCUCCACUGGAAGCUCGUCUCCGUGUACAUAAACUCCACCUUCCAGGUGGUUCUCAAGAUGCAGAGCGCACAUAUGGCCGGCACCUUCAUCAAGACCAAAAAGUGUGUGGUUCUUGACGUGUGCUCGGACAUACCGGCAUGGGCAGGCAGGGAGGUGGAGGAAGGAGGAAGCCAUGGUGGCAGCAGGAGCAGGAGGGGGUACUUUGGGAUCAGGACGGUGGAGAGGGUGAUCGAGUUCGAGUGCAGGAGCAGGCACGAGCAGCGCAAGUGGGUGCAGGGCAUCACGGAGAUGCUGCUCCGCCGCGACAGCAUCAACAAUGCCGCAUUGUAACUAAAUUAAUUAAGAAAUUUGCCGCUCGUACGUUCGGAAUUCGGAUCGACACGACAGCGUUAUUGCGAGUUUGUACGUGACAAACAUCGUCUGCUUGUAUGUUUGGAACUUUUGUUUAGGCUGUCGAGACCAAGUAUUCAGGACUCCGUCCCCGAAUUGAUGAUGAACAAGCGCGUCUGUUACAAGAUCCUAA